AGAAGCAACAUUGCAAAGCUGAAGGUUACCCUUCUGGUCAAGGACGGGCAUUCGUCUGUAUUACCGGUAAUACUUGGGAUGUCGAAAAUGUCACACAAUCCCACUCCUGCUUCUGUUCCAAUUGAAAAUUCUGCUUUAGAUUCUGUUGAAGCAGCUAAAGCUAAACAGAAUUCUUUACGUGAACGUUUAGCUGCAAGACGUCAACUUUUAGCUUCUGUUACCCAUUCUACUAAAACUUCGUCUUCCGCUUCCUUCCUUACAAAUAAUAGCAGUACUGGAAUUGGUUCAAUUAGCAAACCUUUUAAUGUUAACCAGUCAACUGUUUCUGUUAUCGAGAAUGCAUUGAAACGAAAACUCGGUGAUAAUAAUAUAACGAGUGUGUCGUCUGAUACACUUUCAGUCCAUUCUCAGUCGAAUAUAACUUCUUUAUCAGGAUUAUUGAAUUCGUCAUCUAGUAGCUGUGAUCAUAUUGGAAAAUGUCCCUGUCACAAAUCGCAAAAUGUAUCUACUGUCGAUUCGAAACAAUCAGAUCACAGUUGUAAUUUACUCGAUAAAUCAUCUGAUUUCGAAAAAUCAAUUCCUAAACAGUCAAGCAGUAUUCAACAAUUGAAAACAUCACAUCAACACGUAAUCCAUACAUCGGAAACAACGCCAAUAGACUGUGAACGGAAAUCCAAUUUUUCUAAUAUCAGAAAACAAUGUGAAAAUAAUGAGUCAAUAUCCGAUAGAAAUAAACGUCCACCUAAUGAUAAAUGUAAUCAUUAUCAAUCUACUAUAAAAGAGACUAAUCAUGAAAUAGAAUUUGAUUUAGAAAAUCUGUUGGGUGCUGAAACGAUACGUGAAAAAGAAAGUAAACGAAUACGUGAAGAAGUUAUGGAAUUAUUAAACAGACAAUCGACCAAAGAAAGAUUCCUAACCGAACGUUUCCGAACUCAAGGAGGCAGUCAAGUACAACAGUUUUGUUCUUAUGGUACCCGUACUGAAUGCUCAAAAGUUAAAUCACGAACUGGUGAUAAGAAACGGUGUAAUAAACUUCAUUUCCGUAAAAUUAUACACCCACAUACGGAUGAAUCUCUUGGAGACUGUUCAUUCUUGAAUACUUGUUUUCAUGUUGACACGUGUAAAUAUGUUCAUUACACAAUAGAUUAUACAGAUAGUGUUAAUCAACAAUUAGAUGGUGGUGUUACUACUCGGAAUGUGUUAAAUAAUAAGAAAAAUAAUCAAAAUGGUAAUAGUUCUACAACAAAUACAAUGUCUUCGUCAUCAUUAUCAGUAUCAUCGUCACAAAUCAACACAUCUUCAAUAGAUUCAAUUGAUGACGGUGUCAGUGGCGGUGGUGCUGUAAAAGACAAUGGAACAUCACUAAUUUUAUAUCCACCUCAGUGGAUUAACUGUGAUAUACGACUGAUAAAUAUGUCAAUCCUUGGAAAAUUUGCUGUGAUUAUGGCUGACCCACCAUGGGAUAUACACAUGGAACUGCCCUAUGGAACAAUGUCAGACGAUGAGAUGAGACGAUUAGAUAUACCUUGUUUACAAGAUGAUGGUUAUAUAUUCCUAUGGGUAACAGGAAGAGCUAUGGAACUUGGUCGAGAAUGCUUACGUUUAUGGGGUUAUGAACGCGUAGAUGAGAUUAUAUGGGUUAAAACUAACCAAUUGCAACGUUUAAUUCGGACAGGACGUACAGGACAUUGGUUAAAUCAUGGCAAAGAACAUUGUUUAGUUGGUGUAAAAGGCAACCCAAAAGGUGUAAAUCGAGGUCUCGACUGUGAUAUAAUUGUCUCUGAAGUUCGUGAAACUAGUCAUAAACCUGAUGAAAUCUACGGUAUAAUUGAACGAUUAUCUCCUGGUACGCGCAAGCUCGAAUUAUUUGGACGUCCUCAUAACUUACAGCCUAACUGGAUCACGCUUGGAAACCAACUGGACGGAACUUAUUUGGUUGAUCCAGCAGUUGUUGAAAGAUUUAAAAAACACUAUCCAAAUGGUUUGGAUAUAAAAGUCAAAUAAAAACUAGACUACCAUGUAUUAAUUCUGAUUUAUACAUACAUCUGUACACUCGAUUUAUAAAUAUUGUAAAUAUUGUAAAAAUGUGAAGAAUAUUACUGUAAAGAAGUUUUCUAAUAUAGAGAAUGUCACUUGCUCAAA